CCAGAGCAAAACCCUCACCCAGACCACAACUGGACUUCACCUAGGUCAAAUGCAGGAUGCUCUCAUAUAACAUACUACACAUCUGAUGAACAACAAGAUUUAUGUCUUUUUCAUUUUAAGUGGGCUAAAUUACUUAUAUUAAAAGUACUCUAAUGGAAAUCACUGCUUUAAUUUAAUUAUUUUAAUAAUCCAUGUAACUCGAUAAGCUCCAGGUUUUGAAGAAGUGUGAUACGGGUGUGUGGCCACAGCGUGUACUUCUGAUGUUGCUCGCAGUGGUCCUCAGCGUGCUCAGAGAACUCGGUGUAUGCCCAGACACAUGAAGAGUCAGAGGGAACAUUGCUGAUAACAUUUUUUUCCAUCAACAAAUGUUUAUGCUUCUUACCACGUGGUGAUCAAAAGGCAUUUCUGAAGGUAAAUCGUUGUUUCUUUUUUCUUUCCACAGAUGGCGCCAGGUUCCACCAAGAUGUGUUAUAUAGCAGUCAUUGCCUUUGGCUUUGCCUGCUAUUUCUGUCUGUCUGUUCUUUAUAUAUACCCAGAAACUCACAUAUGUCCAUCUACUUUGACACAGGAUAGAAAACAAACACCUGCUGUUAAAGAAUCUGUGCGGCCUAUAGUUCUGCUUUGGUUCUGGCCUUUAAAACUAAAGUUUGAUUUCAACAUUUGCGCAUCUUACUUCAACAUUGACAGCUGCAUACUGACUGAUAAUAGGUCCUUGUACAGUGAAGCAGAAGGAGUCAUUUUCUUCCAUAAAAAUAUUGAUGCUCAUUUAAACAACAUGCCAGUUGAGACACGUCCCACUUUUCAGAAAUGGAUUUGGCUGAAUGAGGAAUCUCCGAGGAACACGAUAAAGAAACCACUGUUGGAAAACAUCUUUAACUUGACAAUUAGCUACAGAGGAGAUGCUGACAUUGUAUGGAGAGACGAGGUGACAAUCAGGAAAGACGGAGAAAAAGAUGACUUUAUUUUGCCCAAAAAAGACAAACUGGUGUGUUGGAUAGUCAGUAACAGGGUUGCAUUUACUGGAACAGGUACAAGAGAGAGAUAUUUUAAUCAACUGUCCCAGCACAUAGAGGUUAACCUCUUUGGCCGUGCACAUACUGCAAAAGGUUUGAGCUUUGAAGACUAUUACCCAACCAUUGCAGGUUGUAAGUUUUACCUCUCAUUUGAAAACUCGCUCUUCAAAGAUUACAUGACAGAGAAGGUGAACGGACCCAUGGCAGCAGGGACAGUGCCUAUAGUUCUGGGUCCACCCAGAGAGAACUACGAGCGGUAUCUUCCCAGCAACUCCUUCAUUCAUGUCAACGACUUUCCUGAUGCAAAAUCAAUGGCAGAACAUUUAAAAAGGUUGGACAAUGACAUUGACGCCUACCUGGCUUACUUUGACUGGAGAAAGUACUACACUGUUCUUCCUCAUCUGUUGACGGUGCCAAAACAAUUUAUUCAUCCCAUCUGCCUCGGCUGUGACCAUAUUGCGAGAGAUGAUGAAUACCAUGUAGUCAAUGACCUUCAUGAGUGGUACUUCACAAAGGACCUGGGGCUUUAAACAGCAUUAUUGUGUGAUAUCCUAAUACACAGUACAUACUGGGACAAGUGCUGUUCACGGGAUACAGAAAACACAAAAAAAUAACAUAAAAUAAAAUAAAAAUAAAAUGCAAAGUUCUACUGCUUUAUGGGGCCUGGUGGUUAAGGAAGAGGACUUGGGUCCAGAUGGUCGCUGGUUCACAUGGACCAGCAGCCUACUGCUCACUGUGGUGAUGGGUUGAAUGCAAUCACUUUCACUAUGUAAUACUCACCUCUAUAAAAUCCCGUUUAUCUACGUUAAAUAAGUGUAACUAAUCUCAUUAUUCUACUUAUAUUUUUAUAAUUGUCAUUUCACAACAAAUAAAUGUAUUGAACAAAUUA